CAACAAUCACAACAACAGCCAUACCUAAUCCCGUCAACGAAAAGGACAACAAUCCAUCCGAGCACUAUUCGCUAUACAAUUCGGAUUCAGCUUAUGGGAUUCGAAAUUUUACAGUGAAAAAUGCAAACGAUAGUAUUCCAAUUUUUGUCGAAGAAAUCGGUGACCCUAAAAAUCCAACUGUGAUUUUUCUUCAUGGUUUUCUGUAUUUCAGACUCAUUUUUAAUCCGGUAUUCAAGAACGAAUUCCUCUACAAGAAUUUUCAUCUCGUUCGGUUUGAUAGUCGCGGUGUCCUCGAUAGUGGCAAGCCUACAGAUCCUAAUCAAUACACUUUAGAUCAUCAUGCGCAAGACUUAAAGGCUGUCGUUGAUGCUAUCACUAAUGCAAAUCCCGGGAAAAAGAUAACUUUAGUCGGCUGGUCAUUGGGAGUGGCGAUAUCGACGCUUUAUUUAGGAACUUUUGGACAAGAUAAAGUUAAUGGAUUCUUGACUAUAGGCGCUAAAUUGGAAAGUACUGCAUUUGAUUCGACUUUGCUUGCUUCCAUCCCACAAACAACGGACUAUCAAGAAGUAAUAGAGUCAAGAUAUGCUAGUCCAAACUUUCUAAUAGGAAAGGAUAGACCGCCCCUUAGUGAAGAAACAGCGCUAUUCUUCCUUGGUGGAACAGCUCUUACUUCAACUGUCUAUCCAAAGCCAACUAUAACAAGCUUACUGAUACUUCAUGGCGGCUCAGAUCAAGUUGUGCCCACGAUUGUUAGCGAACACUUUCUUGCGGAGGUUAAAUAUGGUAAAAGGAUUGUGUAUGCCGAGUCGGGUCAUCUUCUCUUUUGGGAGGAACCAGAAAGAUUUGCUAAAGAUUUAAAGGAAUUUGUAAUGUUUGUUAAUAAGAAAAACUAG